CGCACAUGAGCACAUCAGCCUCCGAGGCGAGCCUCAAGCCGCCCAUCUCGCAACACGGCGAGGUCAUGCAGGAGGCGAGGGACCAAGCCCUGGUGCUCCUGCAGACUGUCCGCAUGCUCACCCGCAUCCGCCUCCCGCAACAGGGCGCCAACGUCCACUCGUUCGACCCCGACGCUUCCCCCGCCGAGAAGGCCGCCCAGGCCCGCAAGGCCGCCUCGUCCGUCGCACCUGUCGACAUGUCGGCCGUGCCCUCGAUCCGCGGCCCCGAGCUCGACAAGUUCAAGCACGACGGCGGGAGCAGCGUCGUGAGCGACGUCGGGACGGCGGGCGCCGCCAUCCCUGUCACGACGGGCGCCAAGGGCGCGGCGAGCGCGUCCGGCAACGAGAAGGAGGGCGUCAAGCUGAGCGAGGUCGAGCGGGCGGCCCAGAUCGAGAAGGACGAGGGCCGGGCCAACGAGGACGGGUCCAAGAAUCCGCCCGGCGCCAUGCCGGCCAAGGAGGCAGAGAAGGGCAAGCCGCGCGAGAUCCCGGCAUGGUUUGCGAUCGGCUGGACCGGCCAGGACAAGACGCUCUUCCUCAGCCCGGACGAGGCGCGCGAGCGCUCCAUCCUCGCCGAUUUCGUCUCGGACGCCUACUACGGUCAAUGGUACCACAACGCCGGCAUCAUCAUCUUUGCCGUCGUCUCGUCGCACUUUGUCACGCUGUUUGGCGGCGGCUGGGGCUGGCUCGUCGUCAUCCUCGCCGUGUGUACGACCUUCUACGAGACGAGCAUCAAGCGCGUGCGCCGCAACGCCCGAGACGACCUGGCGCGCGAGGUCGCCAAGAAGGGCCUCAAGACGGACGUCGAGUCGGCCGGCUGGAUCAACUCGUUCAUGGAGCGCUUCUGGCUCAUCUACGAGCCCGUCCUCUCGGCCACGAUCGUCGCGUCGGUCGACCAGGUCCUCUCGGUCUCGACUCCCGCCUUCCUCGACUCGUUGCGCCUCACGACCUUCACGCUCGGCACCAAGCCGCCGCACAUCGACCACGUCAAGACUUUUCCCGACACCGAGGACGACGUCGUCAUCAUGGAGUGGAAGGUGUCGUUCACGCCCAACGACCUCGCCGACAUCACGCACGCGCAGGCGGCCAAGAAGGUCAACCCCAAGAUCGUGCUCGAGGUCCGGUUCGGCGUCGGCAUCGCGUCGGUCGGCAAGGACAUUGUCGUCGAGGACAUCUCGUUCACGGGCACGAUGCGCAUCCGCCUCAAGCUCAUCAACAACUUCCCGCACGUCCAGACGGUCGACCUGUCGUUCAUGCGCCCGCCCGAGAUCGACAUGUCGCUCAAGCCUGUCGGCUUCGACCUGUCGAUCCUGCCCGGCCUGUACCCCUUCAUCAUGAACCAGAUCCACGCCUCGCUCGGCCCGAUGAUGUACGACCCGAACUCGUUCACGCUGUCGCUCGAGCAGAUGCUCUCGGGCGCCCCUGUCGACACGGCCGUCGGCGUCCUCGCCGUCACGGUGCACAACGCGCGCGGCCUCAAGGCGACCAAGCUCGGCGCCGGCGCUCCGGACCCGUACAUCGCGUUCAGCAUCAGCGGCCGCGCCGAGCUUGCGCGCACCAAGAUCAAGAAGAACACGUCGACGCCCCACUUCAACGAGACGCACUACGUCCUCCUCAACUCGCUCAACGACGCGUUGACGAUGACGGUGUGGGACUACAACGACCGGCGCAACGACUCGAACGUGGGCACCGUCUCGUUCGACCUCAAGUCGCUCGCCGACGACGGCGAGCAGCCCGGGCUCGUCGGCGAGGUCAUCCUCGAUGGCAAGCCGCGAGGCCAGGUCAAGUACGACGUCAACUACUUCCCCGUCCUCAAGCCCGCCAAGCUCGCCGACGGCACGCUCGAGCCCGUCCCCGAGACGACGUCGGGCGUCGUGCGCCUCGUCGUCCACCAGGCCAAGGAGCUCGACCCGCGCGGCCAGCAGAUCAACCCGUUCUUCCAGCUGUAUCUCAACGGCAAGCAGGUGCACCGCUCGCAGACGCUCAAGCGCACGCCCAACCCGAUCUGGGAGCGUCCCGCCGAGUUCCUCGUCACGGCCAAGGCGUCGGCAACGAUCGGGCUCCAGGUCAUGGACGACAACACGCUCGUUUCCGACAGCAAGCUCGGCGCGGUGAGCGUGCGCCUCGCCGACAUCCUCAAGGCCAACGCCGACGGCAACGACUGGUUCCCGCUCAGCCAGGCCCGCAGCGGCAAGGUCCGCAUCACGGCCGAGUGGAAGCCCAUCCUCAUGGCGGGCGCCAUCAACGGCGCCAGCGCGUACACGGCCCCGCUCGGCGUCGUCCGCCUCUACUUCAAGCGCUCGACCGACCUCAAGAACGUCGAGGCGCCGCUCGGCAAGUCGGACCCGUACGUGCGCGUCGUGCACAAGGGCCUCGUCGUCGCGCGCAGCGUCGUGCACGACAACGACCUCGACCCCGUGUUCGACGAGAUCGUCUACGUCCAGGUCCACUCGCCCAAGGACACGUUCACGAUCGAGGUCAUGGACUACCAGCACAUGACCAAGGACCGGUCGCUCGGCCUGACCGACUUUGCCGUCGAGGGCCUGCUCGGCGAGGGGCCCGACCGCAAGACGCAGCCCUGGGUCAGCACGGGCAAGGUGUCGCGCACCGAAUCGCUCAAGACGGACGGUCGCCGCACGGUCAAGGGCAACAUCGAGUUCGAGGCCGAGUUCUUCCCCUGUGCGCCGCUCAGCAACGUGUCGUUCACGCCGUCCGACUGGGUCCCGGGCGCGACGGCCAAGAUCACCGAGGUCGACGAGGACGCCGCCGCCUCGACCGACGACGACGAGGAGAGCAUCGCGCCGACCGUCACGACCACGACCGAGUCGUUUGCCGUGCCCUCGGGCGGGACGAGCGUCAACGGCGCCGGCGCCAACGGCAAGAAGUCGACCAAGGAGAGCGACGGCGUCACGAUCCCGCGCGACGAGCUCCUCAAGACCCAGACCGGCGUGCUCGCGUUCCAGAUCAUCUCGGGCCAGCUGUCGAAGAAGGGCGCGAGGCUCGAGGUCCUGUUCGACGACGGCUACUGGCCAGCCUUUUCGACCGAGCGAUCGCGCUCGACGCACAACACGUGGGACGAGGUCGGCGAGGCGCUCAUCCGCGAGCUCGACUUUAGCCGGAUCAUCCUCAAGCUCAACGACUCCGAGAAGGACACGCGCGAGGACAUUGUCGCGUCGCUCACGGUCGACCUGAACGAGUUCCUCGAGAAGACGCUCGGCAAAGCGGCCACGUUCACGCUCCUGUCGCCCGAGCCUGGCGGGCCUCGCUCGACCGUCACCAUCAUGUCGCAGUACAUCCCCGUCCACAUGCACAUCCUGCCGCGCGAGUCGGUCAACAACUCGGGCGUGGUCCGGGUCGAGCUCGUCGACGGCAAGGGCCUCCCGAGCGCCGACCGCAACGGCAAGAGCGACCCGUACUGCGAGUUCUGGCUCAACGACGAGCGCGUCCACAAGAGCGAGAUCGUCAAGAAGACGCUCGCGCCCGUGUGGAACGAGCGCUUCGAGGUGCAGGUCCCGUCGAGGGAGGCGGCCAAGUUCAUCGUCGAGGUGCACGACUGGGACCGCGUCGGUGCAUCCGACAAGCUCGGCCGGGCCCAGAUCGACCUGCGCGACCUCGAGCCGUUCGAGGCCGUCGAGCGCACCGUCGCCCUGUCCGACUUUAAGAACUCGUCCCAGUCGGCCGGCCACAUCCGGGUCCGCCUCGUCUUCAGCCCCCAGUUCAUCUACCGCUCACGCAAGGCGACGUCGACCUUCUCGGCGGGCAAGAUUGGCGGCACGAUCGGCGGCGGCGCCAUGGCGGUCGGCGGCGGGAUCGUCGGCGCCGGUGGAGCGGUCGGCAAGGUCGGCGUGCACGGCGUCAGUACGGUCGGCAAAGGUGUCGGCACCGUCGGCAAGGGCGUCGGCAAGGGCGUCGGGACCGUCGGCAAGGGCGUCUUUGGCAUCGGUCGCCGCGCCGUCGGCGGCGGGCACGGCCGCACCUCGUCGGUCGCCUCGGCGUCGGAGCUCGCAGCGCUCGGCGACGACGUCGGGUACGCCGUCGACGGCGCAGGAGGAGCCGGCGACGUCGAGGUCCUCGCGUCCGACAUGGCGUCGCCGGCCUUGGGCGACGCGACGCCGACCAACGCCGGCGCCAGCGCCGGGUCGAGCAUGGGGGCCGAGGGCACGCUCACCGUCACGCUCGGGCAGCUGACGGGCGGUGGCGGCGGCGAGGGCGAGAAGAAGGCGGUCGUCGUCAAGCUCGAGGGCGGCAAGACGGUCCUCGAGACGCACUCGCACCGCAGCGACGCCAACGUCAUCACGUUCGGCGACACGGCGACGGUCAAGACGCCGGCGUCGGGCCCUGUCGACCUCACGUUCGUCGUCGUCCACAAGAAGACGCUCGGCAGCGACAAGGUGCUGUCGUCGGCGACCCUCGCCGUCUGGCAGUUCGUCUCGCCGCUGCAGCCCAACAACACGGUCACGUUGCCUCUUGCCGGCGCGCUGGGCGGCGAGUUGGUCGUCUCGCUCUCGUGGAUCGCGACGCCGUCCUUCCUCACCUCGGGCGGAUCGCGCGCUCCGUCCGAGUCGGACGCUCGGUCGCUCGCCGACUCGACCAUGGGCGGCACGCCGACCAAGAUGCGCUCGCGGUUCUCGAGCGGGCGGUUUGGCCGCCGCGACAAGGAGGCGUCGCCCGCCCCGGCUUAGCGGGCCUGCACCCUUUCCCUUCCCCUUUCCUCGUGUCGAGCAGUCUAUUCCCCCGCCCUGGUGCAGCAGCCGUGCUGCCGCACUCGAUGUCGCCUCGCCCUCUCUCGCCGUCGGUCGAUACCCUUUCAGCCCCUUUGGACAGCUUCUGCCUCCUUUCCGAGUAGCUCGUGCUGCAACUAUGCCCUGGACACGGA